AUGGAACCAAUCCAGUUCUCCAUGCCCUUGCCCAACGCACCAGGUAGUCGCAUCCACACACACCUGACCAUUCUCGCAACCUCCGUCCUCCUCUUCUGCACCAGUACUACGGCCGAAUUCUCCACCCCGCCUGUUCCCUCGCUUGGAAGCUUCGUCUAUGCUAUGCCUGAUCGCUACAACCCCUCGACACCUCUAAGCACGCCCUUGUAUACACUCCCUUCGAGCUUGGACUUUGCAGACCGUCUGGCCAAAACGUUGGCUAGAAGGACGAAUAUGCCUGUGCAGGUAGGCAGCUCGGUCAACUUCUCAUCCGCUGGCAACGGUGGAAGUGUAGAAGAGGAGAUGGAAGCUUUCAGGCAGCUGGUGACUGUUGUGCUGAGUGAGGUUGAGAAAGCAAGGGCUGGAUGA